UAUUUUUAAGUUCACAUACCAUCAAUAAACAUUUUGCUGUCUAACAGAACCGAGUCCCAAAAAUGCUGUGUAGGUAGGCGACUCAAAAUGUUUUGGGACACCGCCUCGUUUUCAAGAAUCCCUAUUGGUCAGACUAACGCUUCCACUGCCACAAUACUGCACACACGUGACCCUGCUUUUCUGUACACACACAUUAAAACACACAGCAGGCAGUUAAAAGACAACGCCAUGACGUUUUGACCAACAAUUUUACCACAGAUUCACACUAAACACCAUGAACCCUUUCCGUUGACCAGCACGCACUGUUUUACCCGUAAUGGCGAGCGCGCUGCAGAUGAAACACUCCAGCCUGGAGCACACGCGGAAGCGCGUGAUAGAUCCACGGAGGAGGCAAGCUGCACUCUCAUUCCUCAGCAACAUCUCUCUGGACGGACGACCCGUGCAGGACGACGGGGAUCAGCAGACGGACCAGGAUGACACCUCAGUUAUGGAGACGAGGACUAGACAGAGCCUGGUUUCUGCAGUGGGCCAGCAGCAGCAGCAGGCAUUGGCCGCAGCAGCGAACCAGGCUCUCAGCAGUGCCCGUACUGCGGGCUUUAUGGCUGGGAUCACGGGUCCCAGUUCGACCGCUGCUGCUCCUCCUCCAGCGUGCAGUGCUGAUGUGGAGGGGGACGCAUGCAGUGCUCAGGUCAUCCAGUCUGUGCUCCCCUUCAGCUCCCCUUUUUCUGCAGUGCCACCGGCUACAAGAGGGAGACUCCAGACAUACACUCAGGGAAUCCUGCCUGUUUCUUACUCCAGGCAGUCCGGCCAGAACUACUGCUGUUUGGAGGGGGGGCAGAUAGCCAAUUCUGCCCUGGAGCUCCAGAGAUCCAGACGGAGACUGAUAUCCCAGCGGUCUUCGCUGGAAACUCUGGAGGAUAUUGAGGAAAACGCUCCACUACGCAGAUGCCGAACUUUAUCUGGUUCACCCCGACCAAAGAGUUUCAAAAAGAUCCACUUUAUCAAAAACAUAAGGCAACAUGAUAUGCGCAAUGGAAGGAUAGUCCUUAUCAGUGGCAGAAGAUCCUUCUAUAGUGUUUUUUCUGUCCUGCCCUAUCGAGAUUGUAGCCAAACAGGGCAGAGCUCUGAGGUGUUUUCUUGCCCCGGCAGGGAUGUGAAGGCAGAAAGCGGACGCCAGCGACACCCAUCAGGAGGCAUGAGUGCCAAGGAGAUGGUGAUCGGCCUAGAGGGUGUUGAAUUGGGUGCAGAUGGCAAGACUGUUUCAUACACACAGUUCCUUUAUCCAACCAAUGUCCUGGGUCGUCGAAACACCAUCGACUCCACAUCGUCGUUCUCGCAGUCCCGUAAUGCCAGUCACCGAAGCCUCAUUUUGGCACGUGCCAACAGUACCCAGAGUAGCCUUGAUACAGGGAAUGAAUUGGGAGAUUUCAGGGAGUAUGACCCAAAUCUUCUGGAUGACCCACAAUGGCCAUGUGGGAAGCACAAAAGAGUGCUUAUCUUUCCCUCAUACAUGACCACAGUCAUUGAGUACGUCAAGCCAUCUGACCUCAAGAAGGACAUGAAUGAGACCUUUAAGGAGAAGUUCCCUCACAUUCGUCUUACGCUGAGCAAGAUAAGGAGUCUGAAGAGGGAGAUCCGUAAACUAGCUCAGGGGGAAUGUGGAUACGAGGAGUCCACAGUGGCCAUGGCUUUCGUUUACUUCGAGAAGCUGGUGCUGCAGGGUAAACUCCACAAGCAGAACCGAAAGCUCUGCGCCGGAGCCUGCGUCCUGCUGGCGGCCAAGAUCAGCGGAGACUUGAAGAAACACGAAGUCAAGAUUCUCAUUGAUAAACUGGAGGAGAGGUUUCGGGUGAACCGACGUGAGCUGAUCGCCUUUGAGUUCCCCGUUCUGGUGGCCCUGGAGUUCAACCUGCACCUCCCGGAGCACGAGGUCAUGCCCCAUUAUAGACGCCUCCUGCAAAACUCCUAGCGACAGCCCUCCGUCAGGGGAAUCCUCCUCUCCUGAUUUUUCCAUCCCAAGAUCUCCUCGGCCCUAUGCACGUCGCCAACGUUCACAAUCGUAUGCAGAUGUUGGAAUGAAGACAACAUUAUUCACAAGACUUCUAUUUAGCCAAAGUGACAACUUUAUAUUAAAAGUUAAUUUGAGAUGUUUGAUUACAGGGUUGUGAUGUCAUAUGCCCCCAUGGCAUACAAAAAAUGAUGUUUUUCCGAAAAAGUUAAAAGGAGAAUUUUAGAAAGCUCUUCACAUUGAUUACCUAUAGAUACUUGAAAGAGACCACAGCUGUCAGGCUCCAAAAAAUGACAGAAGCGCCAUAACUCCAUAUGACGACUUUUGGCCACUGUGGUUGUAUGGAAAGAGCUGCUUUAGUUUAUUUAAAAAUGUUUUUUUUUGUCCCAAGAAAAACACAACACACCAGUUUGGAAAGAGGAAGAAAGCAUUUCAUGUCAUUCACAAAAACUAGCCAUUUUUAUUCUGAAAUAUUUUGGUCUGUUCCAGUUUGCAUUUUUUCCACGGUGUACAGUAUUCCUGUAUUUUCCUUGCCUUCAUCCGUAAGACCGACACUUUUCAAAGUCGCACUGCACUUGAUCUCUGAAAGCCUUAAAAAGAGUCAAAUGAUCCCUUUCUUUUACGUACUACAAGUGCACUUUUGGGUAUGUCAGAUCUGGAUGGCACCUACAGAAGCUUUAGGUGGAGAGGUCUUCAUCUCAUUCCUUCAUUUACAUUCAUUUUAACCAGCAUUCCACCAAGCGAAAACGUGUCGUAGAGGAUGACAGCAGCAUCUUGGGUGGGAUUUUAUACAGUAUCUAAGGGGCACAUUUACGUAGCCCUAAUAAUGUUUUUCUACUCUUGUAGUGGUGUGGCUUGCUGCACUCAUGGUUCAUGUGUUGGUGCUCUACGUUAGAGUGAUUUCUGAGCACAUUUGUAGUGCUGCACUAAAUGAAGCAACACCAGGUCAUACCGCUGAAUAUCAACGCUAACUGUGUUGCCUAACCGGGACUAAUAUGCUAUGGUGUUGAUUAAUGCAUGCACACCAAAGCAGUGUUAAGAACUACGUCAAAUUAGCUUUUGACUUCUUGUUAUGUGUUUGAUUUGAUGAUUAUUUUGAAUUCGUUUCGUUUGACUUUUGUAUCACAGUUGGUGGUACUGAUUGUGUUACUACAUUCAUCUGUUUGUCUUGAAGUAUGUGUAGUGUGUUCUGUUCACUAUGCACUACUCAGUUCCACGAAUCAGUUACGAACAACAGUUCAAUAUAAACCACUUCUGAGUUACUUAAUGGCAGAAGAGAAUACAUUUGCAUUUUACCUGCAUUAUAAGAUGAAUAUUGCCUAGAAUGUAACAGAAGUUAUUGCGAAUAAGAUUUGGCCUUUGAAAUGCACUUUAGGAUUUGUUAGCAAGUAACUGGGAUGCCCGAAAACCGAUGAAACGUUUGUAACAUGCAGAAACAUAUAUGUAAAUAUGCUGCUUUGCUUGUUCAAUUAAAAAGCAAAAUUUUU